AUGGACUUGAUAUCGUCAAUACUUCCUUGUAUCCAGCGACGGAAGCCGCUCAAAUUUCCAGCCCAAGAGCAACAUGGCGCGCAGCCAGAGAGCGAAGCGUCUCGGGCCUCUUCAGCAGCGUCACGAACCGUGCCCAGCAAGUCCUCAGCGAGGAUGUCGGUUCGACUCGUUGAAGCCGUCGAUUCGCAGACGACCAUUUGCCCCGAGGAGCUCCUGAGCGACCAUGACGGGCUCCAGGAGGACGAGAAAGAGAUCUUCCCAGUCGAGAAUAAAGAGGCAGACUCUGCGAAAGACGCCAACGUCAGAGUCAUCCACAUGGAUCUCGGCGAUACCCCGAGAGGAACCCACGACCGUCACAAUCAAAAAGAACACCUGAUUCCCACCCUACCUCCCAAAGCUGCAAAGCUCCCCGAGGUCAAAAGCCGCAUGAUAGAGAAUAUCCCCGAGGAAAGCGACGACGAGCAGGGCAACAUUCCAUUGUUCGAAGAUUCCACCGAGAAAUCAUCUCAAGGAGACGCCAAACGCAACUCAACCUGGCGCCAAAGCUCCAGAAAGUCUCUGGUCGACAUCAUCAACCUCCUGCAAUCAACCACAAGCAACAACAUCAGCACCCUCCGCAUCAACAGCCUGAAGUGGCCCUUACCACCCAGGUCCCCGCACCGGCCCUCCACAGCCUUAUCCUACUGCUCUUCGUCCUCGCUGAGCUCCUCGGUAACAGCCACUGUAGAGUUCGAGAAGCCGACCCCCAUCGUCAAGAAAGAGAGACGGAUGGGGGCAGCGAUCCUCCCCACGAUCCGACUGGGGCCCCGGAGAUGGAGCGUCGAUGACGGGAGCAUUGGCAAUGACAGUAGCAUCAACAUCAAGGGGCCUCGGCCUCUUUUUUGCGAGUAA